AUGAACCAUAGUCUGAUCAUCAGAUCAAACUUGAAUCAAAUUUAGAAUCCCUCCAACAAAAUGUGAGUUACCGGACCAAACAAAAUAGGAAAAACUGUGUGCCUCUGCCUAGCAACUCAUAUAGGGGCAAGUAGUUGUCCAUAUAGCAAGGACUGCAAAUAGUAAAAACAACCUUAGGUCACUGUGAAGAUUUGGACUCAAUGUAAUGACACUGGAGGAUUCAAUCGUCUUUACACUUGUUUUAAUGGAUCAGAGAUUGACAGACGGCCAUUUGGCAUCGGUGUCUGAGCAUUAUUCAGAAUGGUUCAGACCCCUCAGCUGCAGUGUAGAGUUAACCCUGGCUGUUUCACUAUGAUGCCCAUUUCUAUCCCUGUCUGGUACCUACGAAUUAUAUGACAAGGGACAUACAUAAUGUAGUAUUACUAUCAUUGACUCCCUGUCAAGAUGAAGGUUCAAUAAAAGUACACUGAAUAAGGCCACGACAACACUACCACCACAGUACACAGUCAGAAUAACACCACGACAACACUACCACCUCAGUACACAGUCAGAAUAACACGACAACAACACUACCACCUCAGUACACAGUCAGAAUAACACAACAACAACACUACCACCUCAGUACACAGUCAGAAUAACACCACAACAACACUACCACCUCAGUACACAGUCGAGAUAAAACACGACAACAACACUACCACCUCAGUACAUAGUCAGAAUAACACCACAACAAUACUACCACCUCAGUACACAGUCAGAAUAACACCACGACAACACUACCACCUCAGUACACAGUCAUAAUAACACGACAACAACACUACCACCUCAGUACACAGUCAGAAUAACACAACAACAACACUACCACCUCAGUACACAGUCAGAAUAACACGACAACAACACUACCACCUCAGUACACAGUCAGAAUAACACGACAACAACACUACUACCUCAGUACACAGUCAGAAUAACACGACAACAACACUACCACCUCAGUACACAGUCAGAAUAAUACCACAACAACACUACCACCUCAGUACACAGUCAGAAUAACACCACAACAACACUACCACCUCAGUACACAGUCAGAAUAACGCCACGACAACACUACCACCUCAGUACACAGUCAGAAUAACUCCACGACAACACUACCACCUCAGUACACAGUCAGAAUAACGGCACGACAACACUACCACCUCAGUACACAGUCAGAAUAACACCACGACAACACUUCCACCUCAGUACACAGUCAGAAUAACACCACGACAACACUACCACCUCAGUACACAGUCAGAAUAACACCACGACAACACUACCACCUCAGUACACAGUCAGAAUAACACAACAACAACACUACCACCUCAGUACAUAGUCAGAAUAACACCACAACAACACUAACAACCCAGUACACAGUCAGAAUAACUCCACGACAACACUACCACCUCAGUACAGUCAGAUAACGCCAUGACAACACUACCACCUCAGUACACAGUCAGAAUAACACCACAACAACACUACCACCCCAGUACACAGUCAGAAGAACGCCAUGACAACACUACCACCUCAGUACAGAGUCAGAAUAACACCACAACAACACUAUCACCUCAGUACACAGCCAGAAAAACGCCAUGACAACACUACCACUUCAGUACACAGUCAGAAUAACGCCACAAUAACACUACCACCUCAGUACACCAUCAGAAUAACAGCAAGACAACACUACCACCUCAGUACACAGUCAGAAUAACGGCACGACAACACUACCACCUCAGUACACAGUCAGAAUAACGCCACAACAACACUACCACCUCAGUACACAGUCAGAAUAACACCACGACAACACUACCACCUCAGUACACAGUCAGUAUAACGCCACGACAACACUACCACCUCAGUACACAGUCAGAAUAACACCAUGACAACACUAUCACCUCAGUACACAGUCAGAAUAACACCACAACAACUCUACCACCUCAGUACACAGUCAGAAUAACGCCACGACAACACUACCACCUCAGUACACUGUCAGAAUAAUGCCACAACAACACUACCACCUCAGUACACAGUCAGAAUAACACCACGACAACACUACCACCUCAGUACACUGUCAGAAUUAUGCCACGACAACACUACCACCUCAGUACACCGUCAGAAUAAUGCAACGACAACACUACCACCUCAGUACACCGUCAGAAUAAUGCCACGACAACACUACCACCUCAGUACACCGCCAGAAUAACACCACAACAACAUACUGUAAGUGUGUCUUGUCAAUAUCUCUAAAAGUCAAACCUGUUACAGAAUAAAGUGGACACACUGCUGCUGUUGUUGAUGCUUAUGUUAGUCCAUCGUAUCCGAUGAGGACUUCCUUUGUUUGUAUAUAUUUAUUGUUGUUGUUAAACAGUAAUCUGUGAGCUCCUUUGGCUGCAUUCACACAGGCAUGCCAAUUCUGAUAUUCUUUCCACUAAUUGGUCUUUUCACCAAUCACAUCAGCUCUUUUAACAUUAGAUAUUUUUCUGAGCUGAUCUGAUUGGUCAAAAGACCAAUUAGUUAAAAAACAUCAGAAUUGGGCUGCCUGUCUAAACGCAGCCGUAGUGACAAAACAUCCUAUCCGUAAACCCCUUUGUCUAUCGCAGACAGGACAUGGAAAAUCUUGGUUUGAUGGGGCACACGCACACACUGUGAUACGAUUACUUCACUGCCCGCUACCAGGAACCAUGUACAAUAUGCACUAAUCUUUGGAGAUUGAUACACAGAAUGAUGUCGCCUUUAAAGAGUGCCAUCGGAGACUUCUUGGACACCACUGAGUCACAAACUGGGUGGCAGCUGGCAGUAAUGUUGACAUGAUGUGUAAAACCAAUAAACGCAGAUGUUUGAAAACGACUUAACCAGUAGAGAGAAAAAGACAUACAGUGAGGCAGUCAGGCAGUCAGUCAGUCAGUCGAUAUAGAGAACGUUUGCGUGUGUAUUUUGUUGAUAACCUUGAUUUGGAACACACUGUCAGUCUCCAGGAGCAGAUGGCACAGAGCUCUAUCCAUGCUUGGGAGGGUAGCCCAGAGUGGGUGGGUGUGUGUGUCUCUCUGUGUGCCCUGUGUGUGUGUGUGUCUUGCAUUUGUAUGUGUUUGUGCAUCUAUGUCAGGUGUUUUCUGAGAGAUGUUUUGCCCUCUUUGCGUGUAUGUAUUUGUGCACAUCACACACAGCUCACAGCUUAGGCCUAGGUGAGUAUGUGCCAGUAUUUGGCUGUGUUCAUCAAAUUUGUAUGGCCCCCCCACAAGAUGCACCCCUCAUUCCCUGCCCUAUCAAGGACCGCUGUACAUGUCUUGGCCAGUCUUAUUCAAACUACAAGUCUUGUAUGUAUAACACUUACAAGAGCACAAGACAAACGUCCACAAAUCCCAGUAGAUGACAUGUAUUUUCAUGUUUAUUUCCAUCUGACUAAUCAUUGCAUAUGUCCUCCCUUUUUUUAGACCGUUAGGAACACAAAGUAAAGGAGUGAUUAUCCUUUUACCCUUUCUCUUAUCUCUAUCUCUCUUAUCUUCAUCCUUCCAUCUUUGUUUUGUCGCUGUGAAUAAGUAAAUAGGCCAUCUUGGCUUUGCCUGUAAAAUAUAAAUAAUGAUCAGUGAUUUCAGGACGCUGUUUCUUUUUUUUUUCUCCAUUCAUUAAUAUUUCAUCGUACUUAUGGUUUAGGUCAAAAUGACAAAACGAUCUACCUUUUGUAUAUGUGUACAGGCUGUACAGGUUUAAUAACUUGGCUUUUCUUUUUGAAACAAAAGAACUCAACACCCUAGAUAUUUGAAAGCUUGCUAUAAGAGGAGGUACUGCUUGUUCUGCUCAUUAUUGUAUUUCUAUGUCUUUCCCCAUGGCAAGGAGUUGUUUUUGAAACAUUAUACUGGGCCCACCUUGUAGCUCUGUGGUAUGUAAACCCCAGGAGUGGGAACCUCUGAAGUGGACCCACCCAACAUGUCUGUCAUCAUCACCACUUUACAGAGUUCACUGAGGUUGAGCGAAUUUAUUUCAUUUUGUUUCUCUUUCACACUAUGUUUGUAGCAGUUAUUAUCCAAUAAUCAACCCUCAAUUACCUCAGUAAAACAAGGCUGAUGUGCCCUGGGUGAGCACUGAGCGUAUUAGAUCCUGAAACUCCUCCAGCGUUUCCAUGUUUCCGAAAUGGUUACCAAAACGCCUCUAAGGAAUUGUUGUAGACGAGAGAAGCUAGAUGGUGGAAUUCACGGGUUGCAGAACUACUCACUUUGUGUGAUUCUUAUCUUUGUGACUAGGCAGUGUAGGGGUUUUGUGUGUUUAACUUAUUGUGUAUGGGUGAGAAUGGAUGAAUAAAUAAAUGUGUGUGUACUUUAAAUGAUGUGGAACAGUGUGUGUGUGAGUCUGUGUGUGUGUUGAUAUGUGGUUUGUGGCUGCUCUUAUGACAUUAACCUCAAGCGGGUCACUGAGCUAGAAAGCCAUCAGCUUUGCCUCACAAAUUCUAUAACUCGCCCCACUGAGAAAUCAAUAGAGCGCAUUAAGCCUUACAUAUCACAGGUAUUCAUCUCUCCUCCUCACUCUUAAGAUGUUCAGUCCUUUCCUUUUACCCCUCCCUCCCUCCCUCCACCAAUCACACCCCUCCCUCCCUCCCUCCACCAAUCACACCCCUCCCGCCCUCCACCAAUCACACCCCUCCCUCCCUCCCUCCCUCCACCCAUCACAUCCCUCCCUCCCUCCACCCAUCACAUCCCUCCCUCCCUCCACCAAUACCCCCUCCUGCCCUCCUGCCCUCCACCAAUCAACCCCCUCCCACCUCCUCCCUCCCUCCCUCCACCCAUCACACCCCCUCCCUCCCUCCACCCAUCACCCCCCCUCCCUCCCUCCCUCCCUCCCUCCACCAAUCACCACCCCCUCCCCUCCCUCCCUCCCUCCCCCCACACACACCCCUCCCUCCCCCAAUCACACCCUCCUCCCUCCCCCUCCCCCCCUCCACACACCCCUCCCUCCCUCCACCCAUCACACACCCUCCCUCCCUCCACCAAUCACCCCCUCCCUCCCUCCCCUCCACCAAUCACACCCCCUCCCUCCCUCCACCCAUCACACCCCCCCUCCCUCCACCAAUCACACCCCUCCCUCCCUCCACCCAUCACACACCCCUCCCCCCCUCUACCCAUCACACCCCUCCCCCCUCCACCCAUCACACCCCUCCCCCCCCCCUCCCACCCAUCACACCCCUCCCUCCCUCCACCCCCCCAUCACACCCCUCCCUCCCUCCACCAAUCACACCCCUCCCUCCCUCCACCCAUUUUGUCGUCAGUGAAACUGCUCAAUGUAGCGUGGCGACUGUUCAUCAUCGUGUCUAUAAAGAAUGCUCAAGACAUUACCGUAAUUAUGACUUCACUGCCUGACAAGAUUUAACCGAGCUGGUCUGUACCUGACAUGGGUUCUAAUGAUGUUGUUUGUGUAUUAAGAUAGGCCCUCUGAAACAAAAGUUGCUGAUGGUGUCUAUCUUGGUCCUGGUCAGCCAUGCUGGAGUGGAGAGUAAUGAACAAACCACUGUCCGUAAUGGAGAUCACUGGCAGGCUGUUUAAUUGCACAACCUAAGCCAGGGGCCCCGCCUGCUUUUCUGUGAUAUGACUUUAUUAUGAGGUGUCAUUGUGUGUGUGUGUGUGUAUGUGUGUGUGUGUGUGUGUGUGUGUGUGCCACAUCUCCUAAUACUCCUCAUCCACCACACUUUUCUAGGAGACAUGAACAUGGCGGUAGCUAAAAGACAACAAUAACAAUGUCUUCUCCAAAUUGACGAGUUAAACUCUUUGGGAAUUAUUGUUCUUCACAUUUCAAUCAAUUCUAUAACUUCUCUCUGUAACCAGAGGACUUUGAUAAAGGCAGCGCUCUUAUCUGUAUGAACAUGCUGGCUUCCCCAUAGGACUCCAUAUUCCCCAACCUAUCAAAUGAGCUUAGAAUGCAUGUGGUUAUUCAAUUGAAUAUGCUUAAUUAGGAUGUAUAUGGCGUUGUAGAUGUUCAUAAAAAUGCAUAUUUUGCAGUUAGUUUAAUAUGAAUGUAUUUAAGUACUUGGUGUCAUUAAUGUGAUCCGUUAUACUUCAUCUCAUUACCAUAUAACGUUAUAUGGCUCAUUGUCCUGAAUCUUGCUGGGAGCUCCAGAGUUUUUGUGCUUCCCUUGCCAGUCUCGUCUGCUAGGGUCCCCUGCCUACGUUGACGGACCGUAUCACUCUGUUUUUGAUGUGUCCCCUGCCAGAUUGAGAUGUGGACCUCAUGGGGCGUUUGUGAUUGUAACCACGCGCCACUGGAAUUUGAUUUCAGCUGUGCUGUGCGCUCCCAGCCAGCAUGGGCUAAAUUGAAGCGUGUGACGAUUUAAUCAGGAUGCCCCUUAGUGCGCGCGCGUGUGUGUGUGUGUGUGUGUGUGUGUGUGUGUAUAGGAGUGUGGUUGUAUGUGGGCCUAUAGGCAUAUACAUUAUGUUUGUUUGUUUGCAAGUAUGUGUGGGUGUGAGCAAGAGAGAGAAAGAGUCUGAAUAACAAACAUGUUUAAUGGGGAUAUAGCUGCAAAUCCGGAUCCCAUUUGUAGACGGACACUUAAAACCAUCUGGGAAAUAGCUGCAUUUGCCACUUGCCAAAAACUAUUUCAAUGCUACCACGAAUGAGCUGAAUUGAAGUUCCCCUUAAAACUGAAAAUUGACAGUUGUAAAUUAAACAACAUUGCUAACCACUCUUUUACUUAACCUCUUCAGUCUGUGAUUCUGCCUGGCCUUUAUCCUGACAACUGAUGGGGCUGCCAGUUCUUCACAGUUCUUCACAGAACAUAAUCAAUACUCUGAAGUGUUAUGUACACUGUCACUCGACUCCACCUCUGACAUGAGGCUCUUGCUUUUCACCAAAUAAGCACUGACGCUCUUUGUCAAACAGGUGCUAACCCACAGAACGAUUCUUAAACUGUAAAAAUAGCCGGUCAGGACCACAGGUGACCAAUUAUAAUCAUGUUCCCAAUCCUCCACCUCUUCCAGGCAGCGUGCUGGCAGGCUCCAUAGACUGUCAGGAGGCUGAGCGAGGCUGUGUGCAGGAUCAGGGCUGCAUGGGGGUGUACAGGGUGCUGGAGUACUGUGCUGCUGAGGAGGCCGUGUCGCCCCUGGGCCCAGAUGCCCGGGGGGAGUGUCUGGAGGCCCAGAGCGCCCUGCAGCAGUAUGGGCCCCUCCAGGCCUGCAAGUGCCAGCGCGGCUCCCGCCGGGAGGAGCUCUGCCUCAGGGUCUACUGGACCGUCAGAUUCGCUGGUGAGUUUCACUGUUUGUGUGUUUUUUUUGUCUUUUUAUGUGUUUCAUUUUAUCUGUGUGUGUGUGUGAGAUGUUUUUCUCUUGAAUGUCUCUGUGUUGUUGCUGCAGUGUAUGAUGAGUACGAGGUGUCUCCGUAUGAGGAUCUGGAGGUGGAGUUUGUGAGGCACAUAGAGAUGUCACGCAUGGCCUCUAUCAUGGCAGGUACUGCUCCACUCCCGUCACUACACAGCUCGCUCUUAUUGGAGCAUAAUAAUGACUAUGACAGUCUGGGAUGUCCAGAAUCAUGUCUUUUAUGAUUUUGUCUUCCUUUCUCUCUUAUUCAUUGCCCCUUUUCCCAAAACCCCACCUUCCUCCAUUCUUCUCUCUGUUUUCUUCCUCUCCUCACCCUACCACUCCUCCCUCUCAUCCCAGCCUCCUCUCUGCCUCUGGAUGGACAGAACCAGUGUCUGAAAGCAGCCCAGGACUGUGGUCUGUAUGAGAAGUGUGGUUCUCUGAGGUCGGAGUAUGUUGUGGCCUGCACCAAGCGGGCUCCGGGCUCCGACGGCAGCUGUAACAGACAGAAGUGCCACCGGGCGCUGCGUCGCUUCCUGGAGCGGGUACCAGAGGAGUACAGCUUCGCCCUGCUAUUCUGUCCCUGCUCCGAUGCUCUCUGUGGGGAGCGCCGGCGGAAGACCAUCGUACCGUCGUGUUCCUAUGAGGAGAGAGACGGCAAACCCAACUGCCUCAGCCUGCAGGGCUACUGUGCCAGGGAUGAGCUGUGUAGGUGAGCUGAGCUGGCUGGGGAACAUGGUUUCUGGGAGGUGUGACAUCAGGCUAAACUUUUCCACUCCACAUUAAGUCCUCUAUCAAGGCACAUUAACAGUUAUAAUCACAAUGCAAAGAUUCAUAACUAGCGUAAUGUUAGAGAGGCAGAGGUGGAGAGGACUGGAUGUACCUAUUUCAUCAACCAUUUGAACAUUUGCAAUCCUCUCAGUGCAAGAGGUUCAGAUAAAUAGUUACAGUACAAAUAGUUCCAAGGUUUGACUUCCCUACAGAGAAGAGGUUGUUCACUAAUCUUCAUCAUUGAUAACGUUGAUAACAUCCAUAAUAAUAAGGACUAAUGAUAUGUCGAUAAGGCUCUGUGACGACUCUGACACAGGCUGCAGUGUUUUUAUUCCACUGGCUGCUCAGUGGUGUUUUGUAUGGAUGAGUAUGUCUGUGGAGCAGGUGAGAGGUGUUAAUGUGACCUACAUUGGAAUUAUGAAUACACAACUGGGUUUGACUAGCAGGCGCUAUGUUCCAGUGUUCUUAUCAAGUCAAUAUUCAGAAAAUAUUAUAUAUAUACAGGAAAAAUCGAAUAUUCAGAAUAAUAUUGCAGCACCUCGAGUCUCAUGUUUCGGAUGCUUACACAAUUCCAAGCUGGAAGGUUCUCUUUCUGUAUGCUUUCAUGUGCUACGGAUUCUGCGUUUCGCUAGGUACUGAAUCCAAAAAACAUAAUUGUAAAGACGCCCUCAGAAAUGUACACUGCCAAGUUGCCAACCCAGGAUUGGCACCUGUUUACAAUGAUGUUUUUCUCCCUUUGUGUGUUUGUGUAUGGGUGUGUGUUUGUGUGAAUGUGUGUGUUGGUGUGUAUGUCUAUCAGAUCUCGUCUGGCUGAUUUCCAGCACAACUGCCAGCCCUCAUCCCACUCUCCCUCUGGCUGCAUGAGAGAGAGUGGAGCCGUCUGCCUUAAGGCCUACGCAGGACUCAUAGGUGAGCUGGAGAGAGAAAGGGAAGAGGGGAUGGAAGAGGGAUUAACAACACAAGGAAGGAACAAUGUUAGAGAAGGAGUGCUGAGUUGACUCCAAGGGCCUUUUAAUCAGGUCAUUGUUGUUAGCUUUUGCUAACCCCAAGGUGUAGGUAGGCACUCAUUUCAUUGCCAAUUGGCUUGUUUGGCUUUUCAUCAAACGCUCCCAGUUCGUAUUGAAAUCAGGUCUGCUGACACAUCUCUAUGAACCCAACCUGCUCCUGUGUGUGUCUGUGUGAACCAGGCACCAUCAUGACCCCCAACUACGCAAACAAUCUCAGUAUGGACGUGUCCCAGUGGUGCAGCUGUGAGGGAAGUGGGAACCUGUGGCAGGACUGUCUGCAUAUCCUGCACAUGUUCCACAGAAACAUCUGUCUGCGUGAGUAA